UUUAAUAAAAAAAAAACAAAACAUUUGUUGUUUAUUAGUAAUUUAGUAGUAAACUAUGUCAAUUUUCAAAGCACGUGUACAAGAGUUCGAAAAUGCCCUGUCUAAAGAUGAAAUUGAUAUGAAACAGCUCAGGCAGCUGUGUUCCAAUGGCAUUCCUGACGUAAACAGCCUUAGGUCUCAAUGUUGGAAAAUACUUUUAGGCUAUUUGGGCACUAAACGGGAGUCUUGGUCAAGUACCUUGGCUAUGAAAAGGACACUGUAUCGUCAAUUCAUAGAGGAUUUAGUACUGCCACCUGGCCUUAAAGAUAAUGGAAAUGAAGAUAAUGAAGUUUGUUUAAGUGAUCAUCCGUUGAGCGAGGGACCUGAUAGUGCUUGGAAUACAUUUUUCAAUGACAAUGAAUUUCUGCUACAAAUUGACAAAGACGUACGAAGACUAUGCCCAGAUAUCUCAUUUUUUCAACAGCCUACCGAGUAUCCCUGUGACAUAGUGGUCCAUAGUAAAGGUGAGCGUAGGCUGCAUCAAAGAGUUGUGCCAUCGGUCUUAAGUUCGGCCAAUGUUGAGAGAAAAGGCCUGGGGGUAACAAAGAUUAAUCUCAUAACAAAACGCUCUGAGGAGACCUACAAAGCUAUGGAGGAGGGCCUAGAGGCUCAUUGGGAGGUAGUGCAACGUAUUUUAUUCCUCUAUGCCAAACUAAAUCCGGGUCAGGGUUAUGUGCAAGGCAUGAAUGAAAUUGUGGGACCCAUUUACUAUGUCAUGGCCUCAGAUCCUGAUCUGGAAGUACGUGAACAUGCAGAGGCAGAUUGUUUUUAUUGCUUCACAGCCCUAAUGGCUGAAAUACGUGAUUUCUUUAUCAAAACAUUGGAUGAUUCAGAGGGAGGCAUUAAGAAUAUGAUGAAACGUUUGGCGGAAAUGUUAAGGAGCAAAGAUUUGGAGAUAUACGAACGUCUGAAAGCUCAAGAAUUACAUCCACAAUAUUAUAGUUUUAGAUGGAUAUCUCUUAUAUUGUCACAAGAAUUUCCUCUGCCCGAUGUAGUACGGAUAUGGGAUUCAGUGCUGUCAGAUGAAAAACGUUUUGAUUUUCUUUUAAAAAUAUGCUGUGCUAUGAUACUAAUACAACGCGAACAAAUACUACAAAAUGAUUUUGCCUCGAAUGUAAAACUUCUACAAAAUUAUCCAUCCAUGGAUAUUAACAUUGUACUGUCAAGAGCAUUUUCAUUGUGAUAGUACAUCUCUCUGAAUUGAUAUUUGCAAAAAUAAUGUUUUGUGGAAUUUAAAUUAUAAGCAAUCUUAUCAACUCAAUGCCAACUUUAUACUGUCGUUAAGCAAAAACUGAACAAAAAAAUCAUCUCUAUUUUAUAUGUGUAGUUUUUUUUAAAAAAAAGUAUUUUUGAUGUUAUUUUUUUAUCUGCCUUAAAUAAACCUUUACCCCCCUAUAACACUUUCUUGUAAAGAAACAUGCUCAAUGUAAUUUGUUAUUUAAAUAUAUACAAAUAUUUAUUUAAUACUACUAACAAAUUUAAA